AUUACCCGAAAAAGGCAAAAAAACCAAAACCAAACCAAAACAAUUGGGGUCACGAACUCUGACCCGUCUUCCAUUCUCAUAAAAAAAGGAUAAUUUAUUUGGAUAGUAAAGGAUAAAUUCAAUUUACAGCGUCCCAUGCACAGGUGCGCACACUUGAUGGGCCACUGAGGCGAGUCGCGGGGGGCCAGUGGAGGUGUGCAGCGCGAGUAUGGAUGGCCACACGCAGAGGAUCCAGCUGGUGUCAGCAGAUGGCAACAUGUCCAUGGGGCACCGAAUUCAGAUUGUGAGCGAUCCGCAGAAGAAGUUCCAGAUCGUGACGGCCCUGGAGCCGGCGUCUCCCGGCAAGCAGCAGUUUAUCCUGGCCAACGCCGAGUAUUCCCCCGGCGGGAAGGUGAUCCUGGCCAAGCGAGAGGGCUCCCCCAACAAGGUCCUCCUCGCCAGCCCCGACGGCUCCGGGCUCAACCAGCUGCUCUUCACCUCUCCCGAUCUGUCGGGCCCGCAGAUUCAGUUUGUCACCGAGGGCUGCGAGCAGUCCGUGGCCAAGCCUAUUGUGGAGUACUGCGUUGUCUGCGGGGACAAGGCCUCCGGGCGCCAUUACGGAGCGGUCAGUUGCGAGGGCUGCAAAGGCUUCUUCAAGCGCAGCAUCAGGAAGAACCUGGUGUACACGUGCAGGGGCUCCGGCGAGUGCGCCAUCAACAAGAUCCACCGAAACCGCUGCCAGUACUGUCGACUGCAGCGCUGCAUGGCCGUGGGCAUGAAACAGGAUUCCGUGCAGUGCGAGAGGAAGCCCGUGGACGUGCCCGCCAGGGAAAAGUCUGUCAACUGCGCCGCCUCCACGGAGAAGAUCUACAUCCGCAAGAACCUGUGCAGCCCGCUGGCCGCCACGCCCACCUUCGUGUCCGACAGGGAGACCUCCAGGUCGGCGCAUUUGCUGGAGUCCAGCAUGUUGCUCAACAUCCAACAAUCUUUCCCCAAGCUGGAAAACGCCAUCUUGAUCCCGGCGUCCCCGGAAAAGCACGACGACCCCUGCCACGGCGACCUGGGCACGCUGGCCAACGUGGUGACCUCGCUGGCCCACCUCAACAAGGCCAGGGAGGCCGGCGGCGGCGGCGAGACGGCCGACACGCUCAGCAACGGCGACGACUCCAUGACGGACCUGCAGGAGGAUGAGCAAAGCGAUAUCAGCAGAGCCUUUGACACGCUGGCCAAAGUCCUGCACGCCGACGGCUCGUCGCCGCCCAACCUGCAGGCUGCCAUGCGGCUGAUGUCGGGCGACCAGUCGGGCCCGGUGUCGGACGUGGAGGGCUCGCUGCUCUCGGAAAGCCAUAUCCCGUUCAAGCUGAUGAUGCCCGUGCCCGUGCCGGAGUUCCUCAACGUCAACUACAUCUGCGAGUCGGCCUCGCGCCUCCUCUUCCUGUCCAUGCACUGGGCGCGCUCCAUCCCGGCCUUCCAAGCCUUGGGAGGUCAGGAGGACAACGACAUCAACCUGAUGAAAGCUUGCUGGAACGAGCUCUUUGCCUUGGGUCUGGCCCAGUGCUCCGACGUGAUGAACGUGGCCACCAUCUUGAGCGCCAUCAUCGGCCAUCUGCAGACCGCCUUGCAGGAAGAGAAGCUUUCCCAAGAGCGCGUGAAACUGGUGAUGGAGCACAUCUGGAGGCUGCAGGAGUUCUGCAACAGCAUGAGCAGGCUGUCGCCGGACGCUUACGAAUACGCCUUCCUCAAAGCCAUCGUUCUCUUCAGUCCCGAUCGAGAGGUUCCAGCAGAAGGCCUACGUGGAGCUGCAGGACUACGUGGCGCGCACCUAUCCCGAAGAUUCCUACCGGUUGUCCAAGCUGCUCCUGCGGCUUCCCGCCCUGCGACUGAUCAGCGCCGCCGUCACCGAGGAGCUCUUCUUCGCCGGCCUCAUCGGCAACGUGCAGAUCGACAGCAUCAUCCCGUACAUCCUCAAAAUGGACUCCACCGACUACAACAGCCAGUCGCUGCCCGGGGUUUGAGCCCGGCCCCCCCCACCACCGCCCCCCUUUGGCCUCGGGAAAGCGCCCGGACUGUCGCGGCCGGUCUCGGGCCACGGCGUGGUCACAUCGCCGUUCGUCCGCCUCCCCCGCCCCUCCCCCGCCCGCCCUUGGAGUCGGUCUGCAGAGUCUGGCGGCGUAAGAUAAGAGAGUCGGCGAUCAGGCCGGAAGCGGCGCUCUUGUCGCGCGUUGACUUGACGGCGCCGAAUUCCCCAUUUUCUGCUUUGUCGCCGCAAGGCCUUUUUUGCAAAAAGCGGUUGCGGCAGACGCGUUUUCUAAGCCGCUACUCGUCGACGGCUCGGGAUGACAUUUCGGGAUGAACCUCAAAUGCGUUGGGCUACCGAAAUGGACCAACGCCUUCCCACUUCUUUGCCUUUCUGUGACUCUUCCGGUCGCUCUUUUCUCAGCCACCCGCUGACGACGCGACGCUCUAAACUCAGUGGCCGCUAAAGCAGCACUGGAAGAGUCACAGAAAGCCGUCGGUGGUCUUUUAGUUGCCCAAACUCCCAAACGUUUUGGGAAUACUGUACAAUCAUGCUGUCCUGUGGGUUGUUUUUUUUUUUUUUUUUCUUCCGCAAUUGACUCCAAAACGUCCUUGUGAAUUUAUUUGUGGCGAAAGGUUAUAACCUUUAUUUUUUUUUUGAAAGUUGUGGAUUUGUUUGCCCAUCCAAAGGAUCGGACCAACAAUGCCGUCACUGCGUGUAAAUAGAAUUUGGCGGAGAGCACUCUGUGAGGAUCACAUCUUGUCUUUUGGACAAAAAAAAAAAAAAAAAACGGAACAAAACAAUCUAUUGUGGUCUUGUCGUAUGAAAAUAAAAACAAGCCUCCCUGA